AUGGCUUUUGUAAAAGAGCAGAAACAGAGCUCCAAGGGUUUUGCUUCGCAGAAUAAGAGGGCAAGAUCAUCAAACAAUGAACAAAAGCAGACGAUUAGAAACAAUGUGAUCAAUGUUGGUUCAGUGAAGUCUGAUAGCGAACAAAAGAAAUUUAAGAGAGCCACAGAAGAAAGUUUAUAUGAGACUUCUGAAGCUCAGUUUUCUGUUCUCGAAAGAGCAAAUGAGGUUGCAGCAAACCUAGAUCCUCAGUUUCCUAGCAUGGUCAAAGUUAUGUUGCCAUCACAUGUCUCAGGAGGAUUCUGGCUUGGUCUUUCUAAAACAUUCUGCAUUAAGCAUUUGCCAAAGCAAGACACAAUGUUUGUUUUAGAAGAUGAAAACGGCGAGAAGUUCGAAACGAAGUAUCUUGUCAAAAAGAUAGGACUGAGUGGUGGAUGGAGAGGUUUUUCAAUUGCUCACAAGUUGCUGGCUGGAGAUGUCUUAGUUUUCCAUCUAGUCACAGAAUCUAAGUUCAAGGUUUAUGUUAUUAGAUCAAAUGGCUUAGGUGAAGUGGAAUGCGCUCUUGGCCUUGUCCAAUUAGAUGCUGGCAUUCGACCAGUAGAUUCUGAAAAUGAGAAUAGGGAACCUACAUCAGUGGAAAAUCCUGAUGGAGUUAUUCAAAGGAACAAAACCGCAGCCUGUAAUAGUAAAUGUGGUACGGUGUCAGAUCUGUUUGAAGAUGACACUGAAGAUGCUAGUUGUGAAGUUUUGGAAGGAAUCAAGCUUUCAGAAUCUAUUGUCCCUUUUGAUGAAGUGUGCGGCAUAGAGAACUUCAAUGUCAUCUACAAUGGUUUAAUCAUAAAUCCCCUGUUUCCGAAACCCCUUCUGACCAAGUACUAUGAGCUCUGCUGCAGUCAAAACUCUUUCCUUCAUGAGCACCUUCUUGAGGGUCUUAACUACAAACUGGUAGCUGGAAUAAUUUCCGAAACAACCAAUAUUGCAAAUGCCAUUAAAGCCUGCAAGAUCACUACCUUGGAGAGUAGUGUCUCAACUUGGGAUAAGACUUUGCAAGCCGGCGAGAUGUUAGGCAUGAAUGUCAGCUUCCUGCGUGAGCAACUUGAACAGCUUGCGAGUCUUGCUUCAAAAUUAAAAAGGUGUGAAGAGGCUAGACUGGAAAGGGAGCAAGAAGAACAAGAGAUGAGAACCAGGUUGGCAAAGCUUUUAGAAGUAAAAGAGAAGAAGGAUAGGCUACAGUCUCGGAUUUCAGUGAAGCUUAUGUCCAGGUUCAAAGAAGUAAUCGAUGCUCCUUGGUAAUGGCAUACUUAAUUAUCUCUUGUUCCUUUUUAGUUUUUAGGGUACCUAGCUCAGGCUUUAUAGUUCCACAACCAGAUAUGCGUGAGAGAUAGAUGAUGAUGCUUAUGAAACGUGUUGUGUUUUGGUACAGUUACACGCACAUCAAUCGACAAUCUAGUUAUAUUGUAUUAUGUACAGCAGCACUGUAGUUAUCCUUCGCUGUGGUUUUUGACUACAUGAUAUAUAGAGGUUAUGCAUCAAGCAGGGAGCAUCAUUGUACUUUCUGGUUCUAUUUCCCUCUAGGAAUUUAAUGAAUCUUUGCAAUCUGCUAAUUUGCUCAGGUAUGCAAAGUUGGAGAUGUGUGGCAAUGCAUUGGGACUCUCGGCUGAAGAGUUGUCAACUAUAACAUGAACGAUAAACAUAGAUGACCCUCAAGUAGACAUAAAUGACCGACACUUUUGGCUAAACAUGUUUUAGUGGGAUUGUUGCUAAAAAAGAUACCCCACUACAAGAUUCUCUUUCUAAAGGAGUUGUUAGUAAGGAUAGAUCCCACAUUAAAAAAGUGACAAAAGAAAUUUUGACUUAUAAGUAGUUGAUUUACACCCCAAUUGUAUUGAGGUUAUUUGUGUUAAAAUUCAACAUUAAAUGAGUAAGUUGAGACA